AUGCCACCAAAACGAAAAGCAAGCUCUAUUCCUGCACGGAGUGCUUCUAAGAAAAGAAAGACAGCCGAAAAGAAAGAAGAAAAGGCGGUAAAUAGUAGAAAAUCUACUAAAAAGAAAGUAACUAAGGUCCCCCCUGGACCUAGUUUGGUAACGACUAAAACAGGAAGUAAAUCUACAGAUUUGAAGUCUUUAAUAAAAGAUGAAGGAUGGAGAUCAGCCCUUGAAGAAGAGUUUAAACAGGAGUAUAUGGUAAAACUGGAGCAAAAAUUAGACGCUGACUACAAAACUAAAGAGAUAUUCCCUCCAGAAGACUUGAUAUUCAAUGCCUUGAAUCUUACCCCUAUUAAUGAUAUAAAGGUAGUUAUAAUUGGACAGGAUCCCUAUCAUGAUGACGGACAGGCAAUGGGGUUGUGUUUUUCUGUCCCAGAAGGAAUAACUGUACCACCAUCUUUAAAGAAUAUAUAUACAGAAUUAAAAACAGAUAAAGAUAUUCCUGGGUUUAAAAUUCCUGGUCAUGGUGAUCUGACUAAAUGGGCUAAAAGAGGAGUUCUAUUACUCAAUGCAACUUUAACUGUACAAGCACACACUCCAAAUUCUCACAAAGAUUAUGGUUGGCAGAAAUUUACAGAUAAAAUAAUUGGAAUCAUCAGCGACCAGUGUGACAGAGUGGUUUUUAUCCUGUGGGGAAAUUUCGCUCAAAAAAAGGGCAAAAUUAUAGACGAUAAAAAACAUUGUGUUAUAAAAAAUGGACACCCCUCUCCUUUAAGUGUGAAACAUUUUCUCGGCUGCAAAUGUUUCUCGAAAACCAACGAAGCUCUGAAGAAAUUUGAAAGAUCAGAAAUAGAUUGGAGACUAUAA